UUUUUCCAGUUCAAUCGGCAAAGGAAGCUGAAGAGAUUUGCCUAGAGGAAAAACAUAAUGUUUGUCAAGGUGCUGUUAGCUGGAUAUAUUCAUCUUCUGCACAUUUAUCUGUUGAGCCAUGCAGGAACGUUCGAAACGUUGUGCAUCACUCCGUUUCAAUUUGGAAAAGGCGAAUUGAAGGGUUUGGAAUGUAAAGUUACGUACCAAAUGCAGACAAAUAGCGAGGCUGCAGCCAAAGAUGUAUGCGAAGCCUUGUCUCCCUUUGAUGUUCAAAAAUCGACAGCAGGGUUUCCCACAACAUGCACAUACGAGAAAACGCACCAGUGCAAGAUUCAAGAAAUAUCAUUGUAUGACUACUGCAUCGUGGUAAAAAAUCGCACGGAAUUUUCGCCUGAAGCGUGUGGUGAGAAUUACACGCUGUUUACGAUACAGAAUCAAGCAGAACAUAAAUGGAUAAGUGUGUUUCUGCAUACUCAGUACUUCGAAUUCUGGACUGGCAAUGAAAAGGACGGCUAUCUCAAACCUUCCAGCAGUGGACAAGUAAAGCUGGACACAAGCAGCAUGAGGAUCAAGUUGAGAGUUGGGACUGCUAUUGAAGAUGUCCGGAAAGGAAAGGCUUAUUUUGAACUACCUCAGAAGAAACUAUUUCAUUUGUGCGCAAGACCAGCGCAAGCGUUUAUGUCAACAGUUAAUCAAAUGCGGGAGACUUUCCAAGCACUAGGACUAACGAGUGGACAGGCAACCGAUCAUUUCAACAAAUCUCGCCCAUUCACUUACAUGUCUCUUAUGCUUCCUGUAGCAGGAGUGGCAAAAUACUACCCUGAUGUUCACCGUCUACAAGAAGCAUGCAAAUUAAUGCCGCACGGUUACGUCGCUUCCCUCAAUGACUAUAUAGAUAACAAGGAAUUCGAAUCACUUCGCACAAUGUUCCCUCAUGGAUCAUACAGGACGACUGCCGCACGAAAUCCGAUAUUUUAUAUCAUCCAAAAAAAAUGUCAUCGAGAUCCAAAUCAGGACGUCUACAAGAGCAGCAACUAUUGGUACUACGAUCCAUCCAACGUAUCUGCGAUGAUUUUGGAGGAACACUGGGAAAAUCAGUACCCUAGCCUUUUGUGCAGCGACAUGCCAAGGACUACAAUCGCAAUGAGGCGAGCCUACGUUGAUAUGCCAGCUUUCGCACGUCUUGCACUGAUUUGUUCUUACGGAAAUCCUCCAAAUCUUCCUCCGCUCAGACCCGAAGAGCAAUGCAGCAAACGGGCUAUAUACAAGAAUGGAAAAUGCCAAUGUGUAGACCCUAAGAAAGAUGCAAAGAUAUUGGAUCCAGUCCAUUAUGGUCAUUACCCUGAGGCACUAUUUUGCCUUGACUGUGGAGGAGUUGAUAACGCUGAAACCAGAGCAGUCGUUUUUAUAGUUGACAAUACCGACUCCGUCCCAAGGAGUGGAUGGGAUAGGCAAAAACUCUGGCUCAAAGAAAUCGUUGACGCUGUUGGGAACAUACAAGCUGGAGUAAUGGUGUUAAGAUUUGAUUCCUAUGUAUCUAUUAACGUUGGUGACUCUAAGAAUCCGGAUUGGCGAAGAGAAUUCGAUAACUGGGUCGCUACUCACAAGUGGGCAGACGCAUAUGACAGACAUGUUGGCAUUGCAUUUAGAAGAGCAAUAGAAGAGCUAGAUAAGGUCCAAGAUCCUAAAAUAGGGAAAUACGUCGUUUUCAUCAGCGAUGGUCAUAGCGACAAGUGCUGGCGUGGAGUGCUUCCUUUCCUCUGGGAUAGGUGUAAAGAUGUAAGAACGGAUCCGAGUGGACAAUAUGAGAUCGAGAUGGCGAACAAGAUAUGGGAUAAAGGAUACAAACUUGUAUACAUUAUGGUCGGAAACUAUUAUUUGGAGGAUGAGCACGCUUCCAAGAAAGUAGAGCAAGUUACGAGGGGCUUCAGUAAUUUGAUACGUGUCGCCAGAUACGAUAUGAUCGAUGCUUCCAUUACGGAAGCUGUCUUGAAUAUUAUCUGCAGAAAUGUUUGAGACUACAUAUAAUACAGACACAUUUUUCAUUUCUGCUUGUGGUGACAAACACGCUAAUAAAGUGUUUUUAU